UACCAGUGGCCGAGAGAGAGAGAAACAGUUCUAGAGAGAGAAAGAGAGAGAGAGUUUAAUUUUUGAAUGUGAUUGUUAUUAGUAUAUUUGUCAUGAUCUCUUCUGUCUGCUAGUGUGUACAUUCAAACUAGACCUGCUAGUUUCUCAGAUUCUCCCUUUUCUUUUAUUUUCUUACAAUGAUUUCGACCGUUUGUGUCAGUUUCUCAAUUUUCAAACAAAAGCAGCUUCUGGGCAUUCCUCAUUCUCAGUGAGUGAGGGAGGGAUUCCUUUGCUUUUGAAGAUCAAACUGGUUUUAAUUGUUCAUUCUGGAGGCAGUACUUAAUUCUAGCUUGCACGAAGUUUGAGUCUUGAAGGAAAAGUUGUUGUUCCUCCUAGUGAGUUUCUGGAUUCAAUCGAGAGAGAAACAGCUCUGGUUUCGAUAAAGUUUGAGUCUUGAAGACAAGAGUUGUGAGUUAUUGAACUUUAGAAGCAGUUCAGGUUUCAACUGAGAGAGAAAAGGAGAGAGAAGUUGAAGAUCAAGCUAUACAGCUGGUUGUUGCUUUCUGGAGAGAUGACAAAUUCUGAUUCCUGAGGCGUAAAGAGACAGGAGUGGCUUUGAAUUGUGGAGGUCUUUGAAUGUCGAGGAAGGUCAAAUCUAAUUGAGUUAUUGCAGCUCUGGAGGCCAAUUUGAUCCGUACACAUUAGAAAUCAUGGUGGAAGAUAGAGGGAAAGAAGUUGUGGUUGAUAUUCAGUCAGUUGAAGACUGGUUAUGUCAUGCACAAGAGCUUGUUCCUGUAGCCGUUGACAAGGCCAGGGAGGUUAAGGGCUUUCCUGGUAGAUGGAAGAUGAUAAUUUCCAAGUUGGAGCAGAUCCCAUCGCGUUUAUCGGACUUGUCAAGCCACCCUUGCUUCUCCAAGAACUCUCUUUGCAAGGAGCAAUUGCAGGCUGUGUCAAAAACACUCAAAGAAGCAAUUGAAUUGGCAAUCUUAUGUAUGGGUGAGAAUUACUGUGGUAAGCUUAGGACGCAGAGUGAUCUUGAUGCUUUAUCUGGUAAACUGGAUUUGAAUUUACGAGAUUGUGGACUUCUGAUCAAGACUGGGGUGCUUGGGGAGGCUACUAUGCCUUCAGCAGCUGUGGCUGGCUCAUCAACACAACCUGAGGCUGCUAUUCGCAGCAAUACAAGGGAAUUGCUCGCCCGGCUUCAGAUUGGGCACUUGGAGGCGAAGCAUAGAGCUCUCGACACACUUGUUGAGGUCAUGAAGGAGGAUGAAAAGACUGUUUUGGCUGUUAUGGGGCGGUGCAACAUUGCUGCUUUAGUCCAGUUGUUAACAGCAACUUCUCCUUGCAUUCGAGAAAAGACUGUCACUGCAAUCUGCUCACUUGCAGAAUCUGGAAGCUGUGAGAAUUGGCUUGUUUCAGAGGGUGUUCUGCCACCUCUCAUAAGGCUUGUUGAGUCAGGCAGCACUGUGGGCAAAGAGAAGGCUACAAUUUCUCUCCAGAGAUUGUCAAUGUCAACAGAAACAGCCAGGGCAAUUGUUGGGCAUGGUGGUGUUCGACCACUGAUUGAGAUCUGUCGAACUGGUGAUUCUGUUUCACAGGCAGCAGCUGCUUGCACGUUGAAGAAUAUCUCAACUGUCCCUGAGGUUCGACAAGAUCUAGCUGAAGAAGGGAUCGUGAAGGUAAUGAUCAAUCUCCUAGAUUGCGGGAUUUUAUUGGGAUCAAAAGAAUAUGCAGCAGAAUGCUUGCAGAAUCUCACUGCCAGCAAUGACAAUCUGAAAAGAGCUGUUAUUUCAGAAGGCGGAAUUCGAAGUCUAUUGGUAUAUCUUGAUGGUCCACUACCCCAAGAAUCUGCAGUUGGGGCAUUAAGGAAUUUGGUUAGCUCAGUUUCUAAGGAAAUGCUGGUGUCUUAUUGUUUUCUACCCCGUUUGGUUCAUGUGCUCAGGUCUGGAUCACUGGGUGCCCAACAGGCUGCUGCAUCUGCAAUUUGCAGGGUUUGCACAUCAGCAGAUAUGAAAAAAUUGGUAGGUGAAGCUGGGUGCAUCCCUCUUCUUAUAAAAUUGCUCGAGGCUAAAUCAAACAGUGUUAGAGAGGUUUCUGCGCAAGCAAUUUCGAGUUUGGUAUCCCUUUCCCAGAACCGAAGAGAAGUUAAAAGGGAUGAUAAAAGUGUGCCAAAUCUAGUGCAAUUGCUUGAUCCAAGUCCACAGAACACUGCAAAGAAAUAUGCUGUAGCGUCCCUUGCAUCACUCGCUUCGAGUAAGAAACGUAAGCGGUUGAUGAUUUCAUAUGGAGCGAUUGGGUAUCUCAAGAAGCUUACUGAGAUGGACAUCCCUGGCGCUAAAAAGCUACUCGAGCGAUUAGAAAGAAGGAAAUUAAGUUUGUUCGGUAAGAAAUAGAGAGACGAAAAUCUACUUUUGUAUGACAAAUUCUCUUCCCUUUUCCUUCAUGUAUUCACCGUUUAAUUCUCUGUACGAAACAAAGUAGUCAAUGACAAGCUGGGAGCACUCAAAAGUGUGCUAAUCUAUGCGAUCGAUGUUCUAUUUAUAAAAAUACGUAAGAAACCUCUUAUGCAGUUAUGCUUCUUUUA